GGGACUGCCGAGAAGGCAGUUAAAUCUAUUCUCAAUACUGUGUUACCAAGUUUCAUAUCGAGAUGGCUACUGGCAUAGGAUCGGCAGUGCUGGGGGCGCUCAAAGCCGUGUCUGUCGAGCCCGUGAUGCUGGUGGACGGGGCGUGCAAUCAGGCGAUGCUUCUCUUCAUUGAGAACGUUCAGAUGAACAAAAUUUGUUCUAUCAACCUUGGCCUCCCUGAUCAGGUGUGCAACAACUUGUCUGAACAUCCCGAGGAAGACGUUCUAGUUCAGAGAGAGUUCAGCGUGUUCGCCUUCUACAACAGCAUCAUCAUGUCUAUCAUUCCCCUCAUCUUCGUGCUCUUUAUGGGAGCUUGGAGUGAUAAAUACGGAAGGAAGAUCCCUUUGUUGAUGACGCUGAUCGGCCAUGUUAUGUACGCCGGGGGAUACCUUUUGAGCAACUGGCAGACGUCUUGGCCGGUUGAGGUCAUCUACUUUGUGACUGUCCUGGAGGCUUUGGGGGCGGCAACCACAGCCAACUCUCUGUGGUACCUCGGGGGUCCAGUGGGCACCCUGGUCGGGGCGCUGGUCAUCAAGUACGGAGGCUACAACUUGGCUCUCCUGCUGGUUCUGCUGGCCUACCUCUCGGCCGUCCUCUACGUGGUCUUCGUCAUCAAAGAAUCGCACGGACCUUUCGCCAAGACGGCUUUGCAGGCCCACGGAUCAGCCAAGCAGGAACCAAGUCCCGACAGCAAGGAAGUGUCCAAGCUCCGCAUGGCGUCCGAUUUCUUCAAUUGGCGGCGUGUGGUCGAGUCCUUCAAGACGGCGUUCAGACAGCGUGAGGGCAACGCUCGCAAGUUCAUCAUGGCCAUUAUCCUCAGCAACAUGCUUCGUCGCGUCGCCAGAGGUUUCUUCAUGUACAUGUUCGUGCGUCGCGCCCUGUCCUGGGAGGCCACCGACUACGGUUACUGGGUCACCUAUCGGAACCUGCUUGCGGCCAUCGGUGAGUUGUGCUGCCUCCCUUUGUCCUCGUUCGCUGUUUCUGGUGCCGAUCCUCACCAAGAUGCUGUCUUUCACGGACGCCUCGCUGGCCGUGCUGGGCUCCUUAUCCAUCAUGGGCGAAUAUGUGUGCUACAGUCUAGUCAACGGCGUGUCUCAGGCGUUCCUCAUGUGGCUGGGACCUCCCGUCGGAGUCAUCUCCAACGCAGCGUCAUCGCCUUCAGAUCUUUGUCCACCAAACUUGUCAGCAAAGAGGAGAAAGGUCGCAUCAGCGCCGUCAUGGCCGCCAUGAACGGCCUGAUGCCCAUGAUCGCCUACGCCGCCUAUUCCCCCAUUUACUACACGACAGUCGACACCUUGCCAGCCGCCCAGUUCUUCUUCGGGGCCUCCCUCAACGUGCUUAUCAUGAUCAUAUUCAUAAUCAUGCAGCUGAUGAGCGUUUCGUCUUCUUACGAAACAAAGGAUUUCGAAGCCGGCGGCAAAAAGGACAAGAAUCUUUUCAAGGACUUCAGGAACAAAUCUACAGUCACACUGAAAUCUAUUGCGCGGACUCUUAGCGGCCCUGUAGGCGAGACGCCCUCAAGCAAGGCCAGGCAGGAUGAGAAAAAUAAGGCUCAGUUAGCCGAGGAACUCCCAUCCGACAGACAGGACACAGCUGCGACAGUAGUGAGGAGAAGCACUGCUGACGAAGGAAAGGGAGAUGUGAGCAUGGAGCAUGAGAUAGCCUUAGAUCAUGAGAAAGGUAAUGGGAUGCCGAAGGAUGCCGCGAUCACUUCUUCAGAUUCUCAAACUGACGAAAGUGAUACGAAAUCAUCUCCGAAUAAUGGAGAUAUUGAAUGCGAAGCGAGAGAUCAUUGUAGCUGUAGAGUGACCAGAAAAGAAGCCAGCUGUUAUUCCAACAGGAUGAGUGAUGCGCAGAUUACUGCCUCGGAGACUUCUUAAUGAGGCCGAAAGCGAAGUUACUAUAAGGAGGUAAAGAUGAACAGAAAGAGAUGAAUAGCCAGAGGAAGAUGUGAGAAAUGAGAGGAAAAAUGAAUAGUUUUAAGUAAUCUAGUCGUGAUGUCGACAUCUUUUCAAAGAUGCGAUAUAUUAAUCUUCAGUCACUCUCGUACUUGUAUAUAAAAUGUAUGUCAUCUUAUAAUCCAAAUAAAUUAUCAUUAUUUUUUAAAUAC